AUGGCAGUGUCCGUUGGGAUGAAGGCAGGCGUGCGGCUGGCCAGGCCCUGGCUGCGCCUGCUCAGCAUGAGGGCACUGGGCACCAGGGCUGUGCCCACCUCCAAGCCAGUGCUGCCCUUCGAGGCCAUCCCCCAGUGCCCGGGCAACAGGUGGCUGAGGCUGCUGCAGAUCUGGAGGGACCAGGGCCACAAGAACAGACACCUGGAUGUGCACCGCCUCUUCCAGGCCCUGGGGCCCAUCUUCAGGUUCGAGGUGGGGAGUUCGCGGGUCGUAUCGGUGAUGCUGCCAGAGGACGCUGAGAAGCUGUGUCAGGUGGAGGGUUUGCAUCCACACCGGCGGCUGAUGGAGCCCUGGGUGGCCCACAGAGAGCAUCGCGGGCAGAAACGCGGCGUGUUCUUGCUAAAUGGGCCCGAGUGGCACUUCACCCGAAUGCAGAUGAACCCAAGUGUGCUGUCACCCAAGGCCGUCCAGAGGCUGAGUCCCAUGGUGAACACCGUAGCCAGGGACUUCUCUGUGUCCCUGAGGAAGAAGGUGCAGCAGAAUGCCCGGGACAGCCUCUCCCUGGACAUCCAGCCCAGGGUCUUCUACUUCUCCCUGGAAGCCAGCCACUUUAUGCUGUUUGGGCAGCGGCUGGGCCUCUUAGGUGACAGCCCGAGCCCUGUCAGCCUGAAGAUGUUUCUAGUCAUAGAGGAACUCAUGCGCUCCACCGGGAAGCUCAUGUUCCUGCCCAGGAGCCUGUCUCGCUGGACCAGCGCCCAGGUGUGGAAGGAGCACUUUGAGGCCUGGGACUUCGUCUCCCAGUUUGUCAACAGGUCUACCCGGGAGGCCUUCCAGGAGUUCACCCGAGGAAACCAGGCGUGCCCCGACAGCAUCCUGUCACAGAUGCUGCAGCAGGGGGACCUGCCGCUCGAUGUCAUCCAGGCCAAUGCUCUGGAACUCACCGUGGGCAGCGUGGACACGGUGGUCUUGCCCUUGGUGAUGACGCUCUUCGAGCUGGCUCGGAACCCCGCUGUGCAGCGGGCCCUCCGGCAGGAGAGCCUGGCCGCCGCAGCCAGCAUCACCGAAGAUCCCUACAAGGCCAUCUCGGCGCUGCCCCUGCUGCGAGCCGCCAUCAAGGAGACUCUGAGGCUUUACCCCAUUGGUGUCACCUUGGAGAGGGUCCUGAACUCCGAUGUGGUUCUUCAGAACUACCACGUCCCAGCCGGGACUGUGGUCCAGUUUUUUCUGUACUCCAUGGGUCGGAGUCAGGCUGUCUUCGUGAGGCCUGAGCGCUAUAACCCCCAGCGCUGGCUGGACAGCAGGCUGCGCUUCAGCCACCUGGCCUUCGGCUUUGGGGUGCGCCAGUGCCUGGGGCGUCGCCUGGCCGAGUUGGAGAUGGUGCUGCUGCUUCAUCAUGUGCUGAAGUCCUUCCAGGUGGAGACUCUUCAGCAAGAGGAUGUAACCAUGACCUACUGCUUCCUCCUGAAGCCUGUCUCCCCACUGCUCCUUACCUUCCGGCCUGGUCCUGCAGGGGCAGUGCAGGCCCCACACCAGACAGCCCGCCACUGCUGCCCUGGGCACUCGGGUCACAGAGUGGACCUGGACACCCCACUGACCCCAGCUGGCCACGGGACCCCCGAAGGUUAUCAGCCCGACACGACAAGAGAGAUCGUCUGA